AUGCAGAAGUUUGCGUUUAAACACUUUACACACACAAUUGGAGACAUUCAGGGUUCAAUCCCCACUUUCCUAAACCGAAAAGUUGUACUGAAUGGUUGGAUUGACGGAAAUCCAAGAAAAAUAUCGAGCAAGCUUGUGUUUGCGGCAUUCAGAGACUUUAAUGGUGACUUUACACAGCUUACCGCUAAAGGCAGUGAAAUAACCAAGAUUCUGAGGGGUUUGAAGCCUGAAGAUGUACUCUCUGUUUCGGGAACAGUCAAUAGCAAAAGGCAAAGGAGAGGAUCCAACAACAACGGUGCAAAAGAAUGGGAAUUGGUUGUUGAUAAUAUUGAAAUUCUGAAUAAAUCAAGUGAGAUAGCCACACAGUUGGAUUCGUUGAAAAAAACGCCAUCACAGUACCCGCCCGAAUACAGAUAUCUGCAAUUAAGAUUCCCGGUCUAUCAGAAUGCAUUAAAAAUGCGAUCUAAAGCUGCUCAUAUAGCCCGUUCCGUUUUCGAGUCUAUGAAUUUUGUCGAAAUAGAAACUCCACUUCUAUUUAAGUCUACACCUGAAGGUGCAAAAGAAUUCCUAGUUCCUACCAGGAGAAAAGGGCUGUUUUAUGCCUUGCCACAGUCCCCUCAACAAUACAAGCAGAUGCUCAUGGCUAGCGGAUUCAAAGGAUAUUAUCAAAUUGCUAAAUGCUUCAGGGAUGAAGAUCUUCGCUCAGAUAGGCAGCCCGAAUUCACACAGAUUGAUAUGGAGAUGUCUUUUGCAAAGAGUCAAGAUGUGCAGCAUGUCGUACAAAAGUUGCUGAAAGCCAUUUGGAAAGGAAUUCGUGGGCUUCCAUUAUACAGAAUAGAUCCAGCUAAGGAUGGCUAUCUUCUGGAAAUAGAGGAGGCUGAGGACUUUCCAAAAUUGAACUACAUGGAGGCCUUGACAAAGUAUGGAAUUGAUAAGCCAGAUUUAAGGUCGACUUUGUACAUCCAGGAUGUUUCGCAAUAUUUCAAUGGAAUGCCUCUAAAAAGAUCUGAUUUUGCGGUUACUGAAGCAUGCGUUCUAAAGGGAGCAUUGAAAUUACAAAAGCCAUCGAGAGAGCUUUUCAUUCCUGAGAACUACUCCAUGAGGAAACCGUAUGUUUUCAAAAUACGUGAUGAGGGUGAGCUUAAAUCUUGGGCCCGGGCACUUCCAAACGGUUCGAAUGUCUCGAUUUCCGAUCUCAACAAGAAGUUGGGUUUAGAAGUCGGGGAUAUUGUAGCUAUUAGCGAUAGACAAGCAUUUCCAUACGAAAGUCCAACACCUCUCGGUCGAUUUAGACAGAUAGCAAUGAUAAACUUCCCGAAUAGCUGGAGAAGACAUGUUAUUGGAAGCUCAGAUCCUACUUCCAGGGAUAUCUUUGUUGCCUCAUGGCUUGUAAACUUUCCCCUUUUCAGUCCUACAGAAGGUAAAAUAAUAGAUGGAUAUCCAGAGUACGAAUUCAGCAAACUAGAGUCCACGCAUCAUCCUUUCACUAUGGUCAAAUUGGAGGACUAUGAUUUACUAGAUAAAGAACCUUUAAAGGCAAAAGGUGAUCAUUAUGAUCUAGUUGUAAAUGGUGUCGAGGUGGGAGGAGGAUCCAGAAGAGUUCACGAUGCCAAAUUGCAGCAAUUCAUAUUCAGCAACAUUCUCAAGAUAGAUAAUUACCCUGUCUUGUUUGGCCAUCUUCUCAGAGCGCUUUCUAGUGGUUGUCCACCUCACGCAGGUCUUGCAAUUGGAUUUGAUCGUAUGUGUUCAAUGCUAUUGGGUUCUAGCACUAUCCGGGAUGUUGUUGCUUUUCCAAAGACGCAAACAGGAACCGAUCCUGUGGUGGAAAGUCCAAGUAAUAUUCCAGACAAGACUCUUGCGCUAUACGGUAUUUCUGUUCGGAAAUGA